AUGCCCGAUCUUAAACGCACCCACGAGGCCGACGUCCUCCUCCUCUACGUGAUACUCUUGAACGCAGACUCUGAGACCGUGAGUAUUAUCCUCACCUCACUCCCCAUCAACCAACAUAUUUCAACCUACUAUCUUUCUUCUGCCAACGCGUUUCUCUAUCCAAGCUACGGCGCAAUCAACUGGCCCGCCGUCGCCGAAGCAACUGGCAUAACGCAGUCCGCCGCCCGGCUGAAAUGGUACCGCCUUAAACAGGAGCUCGAUCUGAAGAUACAGGCGGGUGGGUUUGAUUACAAGGAUAUGCGGGUUGCUGAGGCUCAGAGUGAUGGCGGGAAUGAUGUAGAGGGAUCUUCGAUGAAGGUUAUCAGUACCCCUGUCGCUACCGCUGCUACUAUUGCUGUUGCUGGAGGAGAAGAAUCUCAACCGCACGCAAAGCAGAACGGACAACAGCACUCACAAUUACAGGAAGAGAAAAAGAAGAAGGAGAAGAGGCCCCCGAAGACUUUUCAAGAUGUGGAGUCGGUCUUGUUCUCGGAUUCGUCCUCUGCGGGGUCUGAUGGGGACGUUGAUGAGGACGAUUGGGUUGAUGGGACCCGUGGUGGGCGGAGGAAGAGUUUUGUGUUUUAUACUGGGGAUCUAGAGGGAAUUUCGGGAGAGACCACGGGCAAUCUUGUUGAGGUUCUCGCGAGCAAGAGGCGGGAGUUGAGGAUGAUGGCGUCGCAGGAGAGGGUGUCGUGUUGGUCGUCGGAUUCGUCGUUGGUGGAGGUGGCGAGAUUGUUUUACGGCUCGCUGGGAGAUGAUUUUGCUUUCUACUCUGACGAGGAUGAUAGGGGUAAUGGCGGGGUUCAGGAGGGAGGAAAGGCUGGGGAUUGUGCUGCUACUUAG